CAUAAACAUGACAUGUACUUAGAUGAUACACAAAAAGAUAUUGCUGGUGUCAUUAUUGGGUGGCACAACAGAUACCACAUUGGAAGCUUUGAAAACAAAAAUUGUAAAUUUCCGUUUAAGAUUAAAACAGAAUUUAUACAGAAAUAUGGCAUUGAAGAUUGGGUAUCGCAACCAUACUACGUUUUGUUAAUCGAGGAUGACGUGUGUUAUGUUCCGCAAUGUGUUAUAACAUCGAUAUACGAAAAGUGGAUAGACAAUACAGAAAUUGGAAGAUAUUUCUGUAAAUUUGAAGGCACUCAUUAUGUGCCAAACGAAGUGCUAAGAAAAUAUUAUCCAGACGAUGCCGCAGUCGUUCGCGAACUAUUGAGUAGUCGCAAAUAAUAUAAUAUUUUAGGUGCAGAAAGAUGUUGUGUGUCUGCUCCUUUGACGAUGGUUUUGAUUAGAAUCCAUAUUAAAAUUUAAAAAUAUUGAUCUAUUAGAUAUCCAUCUUUUAGAACACAAUGACAAAUCGUCUAGAGUAUCUUGCGAAAGGAACAGAUUCUUUAAAAAUUGCGCAACAAAUAUAUGUAGCAAGGUCUAUUUUCUGACAAAAAGAUAGAUAAUUA